CCUCAGACCCCAGGUCUGCUGAAAGUCGAUGAGCGGCAAAGCAAGUAGCCAACAGAUCGUCAACGACGUUAGGUAAGAUGAGGACCAAAUACAUUUUUUAAUCUCCCACUUGGAGCAAGCUUUCGCAAAUACAUUGUUUAAAUAUACGCCUUGGUUUUGCUCAUCUUCUUCACAGCAACCUAAAUACUUCAAACACUGUAGUUUCCUUUGACUUUGCAAGAAAUGGCAGAAGCUAUUCUCUACGAUAUUGCUGGUGAAAUCAUUCUGAAACUUGGUUCUCGAGCUCUUCAAGAGAUUGCGCUGUGGUGGGGUGUCAACGAUGAGAUUGACAAACUCCAGGACACAGGUUCCAGGAUUCAGGCGGUGCUUCUUGAUGCAGAGGAGAAGCAGGCAUGGAACAAUCAAGUUAAAGAUUGGCUUGGGAAGCUGAAAGAGGUGGUUUUUGAUGCAGAUGACUUGCUUGACGAUUUUUCAACGGAGGUUUUACGUCGACAAGUGAUGGGUGGGAAUAGAAUGACAAAGGAGGUACGCAUUUUCUUUUCAAGAUCAAACCAGUUUGUUUAUGGUCUUACGAUGGGUCAUAAAAUUAAGGCCAUUAGGGAGAGGCUGGUUGACAUUUAUUCUGAUAAGGAGAAACUUAAUUUAGUGGUUCGCCAUGAAGAGAGAGGUCAUAUGAAUAGGUUGAGGGAUCAAACUAACUCCUCUAUACCCGAAGUUGUUGUUGGGAGAGAAGGGGACAAAGAGGCACUCAUAGGUCUUUUAUUGGGUUCCAGCUAUGGUGAAAAUGUCUCAGUCAUUUCAAUAGUUGGAAUUGGGGGGUUAGGGAAGACCACACUAGCUCAAGUUUUAUACAAUGACGAGCGAGUCAAAGCUCAUUUUGAGUUAAGACUAUGGGUGUGUGUUUCAGACACUUUUGAUGUAAAAUUGAUUGUUAAAAAGAUUUUGGAGUCUGCAACUGAUUCAAAACCAGAAGAUCUUGAGCUAAAUACAUUGAAAAAUCGACUGGAUAAAUGUUUAAAUAGGAAAAAGUUCCUACUUGUGUUAGAUGAUGUAUGGAAUGAGGAUCGUGAAAAUUGGGAUAGUUUAAAGAGAUUAUUAGUGAGUGAUGAAAUUGGAAGUAAGAUUGUAGUAACCACACGUUCUCAAAAGGUUGCAGCAAUAACUAGCACAUUAUCAACUCAAGGUUUAGAAGGGUUAUCUCAGGCUGAGUCGUGGUCUUUUUUGGUGCAAAUAGUUUUCAAGGGACAAGAACCAAAAAACAAACGUGUGAUAGGAAUUGGAAAUGAGAUUGUCAAGAAAUGUGUUGGAGUUCCUCUUGCAAUAAAAACAAUAGGAAGCCUGUUAUCCUUUAAAAACCCAGAAACUGAAUGGCAACCCUUCUUGGAAGAUGAACUUUCAAAAGUAGCUCAAAAUGAGAAUGGUAUUUUACCUACACUUAGGUUGAGCUAUGACUAUCUUCCUUCGCACUUGAAGCACUGUUUUGCAUAUUGUAGUUUAUUUCCAAAAGAUUAUGAGAUUGAUGUCAAAACAUUGAUUCAUUUGUGGAUUGGGCAAGGGUUUAUUAAGUCAUCGUAUUCAAGUGAAUGUCUAGAAGACAAAGCACUUGAGUAUUUUAUGGAGUUGUCAUGGAGAUCCUUUUUCCAAGAAUUAAGAGGGGAUGUGUUUGGCACUGUAAAAAGUUGCAAAAUGCAUGAUCUAAUGAAUGAUCUUGCAACUUUGGUGGCUGGGACUGAGAGCAAUGUAAUGAAUUUGAAUGUAGGAAACAUUGAUAAAAAAACUCGUCAUGUAUCAUGUGACUUUCAUUUAGAUUCACCUUCGCAAGUUCCAACCUACUUGCUUAAUGCAAAACGGUUGCGAACAUUUCUUCUGCCAAGUCAAGUGUCUAGUUCAGGUGCUUGUGGAAGAUGGGAUAAGUCUAGUCAUGAAGCUAUUUUUUCAAACCCUAGGUGUUUGCGUGUGUUUGAUCUACAUAAUUUAGGGAUUGAGAAAGUAUCGUCUUCCAUUAAAAAGUUAAAACACCUAAGGUAUCUUGAUAUGUCAGAAAAUAGUGAACUCAAGGCACUUCCAGAUGCUACUACCAAGCUUCAAAAUUUGCAAGUGCUCAAGCUCUCUGGUUGUCAAAGCCUUGAGGAAUUGCCAAAAGAAUUUAGAAGGCUGGUUAAUCUUAGGCAUCUUGAUUGUGAGGGAUGUUGGAGUUUGACUCAUAUGCCAAAUGGGAUUGGGCAAUUAACUUCCCUUCAGACAUUAACAUGGUUUGUAGUGGCCAAAGAUAGUUCUGUGCUUAAACAUUUUGGUAGCUUGAAUGAGCUGAAUAGGCUAAAUGACUUGAGAGGGAGGCUUGAAAUUAGAAAUUUGAGAUUUGUGAAAAAUGAUGCUGUAGAAUUUGAGGCUGCCAAUUUGAAAGAGAAACAACAUCUUCGAUCAUUGAUUUUAAGCUGGAAUGAAGAAGUUGAUAAUAAUAGUGUGUAUGCUAAAUAUUAUGCGAGAUCAUUGCAAAGCCUCCAAGAUAGCAAUGCAGAUGUUGGUUAUGAUGAAAGGUUAUUGCAAAGCUUCCAGCCACCCCAAAAUCUUAAAGGAUUGAGGGUGUAUGAGUAUGGAGGUGUGAGGUUCCCUAGUUGGCUUUCUUCCCUCACAAAUCUAGUUGAGAUUUGGAUGGUUAAUUGUAAAAGAUGUCAGUAUCUUCCAUCUCUCGAUCAAAUCCCUACUCUUAAGGAAUUAUGGAUUAGUGAAUUAAAUAAUCUAGAGUACAUAGAAAGUGAUGGGAAUAAUAGUCUCACUGAAGGAGGAAGAGAAUUCACAUUCUUCCCCUCCCUGAAAAAGCUCUGGAUCUGGAAAUGUCCCAAACUGAAGGGAUGGCGGAAGAACAGGGAUAAUAAUGAUGAUAGAGCAACAGCAGCCGUAGCAGCAACAGCAGCAAUGGACUCUGGCCUUUCUUUGGUGGAACUCUGUGAUUGCCCUAGAUUGACCUGGGUGCCGAUGAUUCCAUUUCUCAAAGGGAAGUUGUCUUUUGAAAAGGCUAGCUUAGAACCACUACUACAGAUAAUGAAGAAAAAGACGAUGCCAACGCAAUUUGGAGGCAGGAGUUUUACGAGUCAGCUUUCACGACCUAUCAAUCUAGUGACAAUUUGGUUAAAAGAUUGCGAAGGAUGCCAGCAUUUUCCACCACUAGAUCAAAUCCAUUCUCUUAGAGAAUUGUCUUUUGAAAAUUUAAUUGAUCUAGAGUAGAUUAGUACGGGGGAUAAUUCUCUUGCUGGAGGUCGAGGAACAUUCUUUCCGUCCCUAAAGAAACUUUGGAUCUGGAAUUGUCCUAAUCUGAAGGGAUGGAAUAAGCAGGUGGAUGAUGAUUCAACAACUACAACAGUAGCAAAACUGCCGUGGUUUCCUUGUCUUUCUUUGUUAGAAAUAAAGAAUUGCCCAAAGUUGACUUGGAUGCCAUUAUUUCCAUCACUUGAUGAAAGGCUAUACUAUGUCAAUGCUGGGAUUCAACCACUGCAGCAAACUAUGAAGUUGAAGGUGAUUUCUCCUCAGCAUGAAGAUCCGAAGUUCAACUGUGCUUAUUCCCUCGCAAACCUUCAAGAAUUAUGGAUUUCUGAGUUAACUGAUUUGGAGUAUAUAGAUAGCGAUGAGGAUACUUGCCUAAGUGAAGGAGGAUCGACAGUCUUCCCAUUCCUGAAGAAACUCUGGAUCGACAAUUGUCCUAAUUUUAAGGGAUGGUGGAAGAAGAGAAAUGAGGUUGAUGAUAGGACAACCAUGAUGGCAGCAGAGCUGCCCCAUUUUUCUUGUCUGUCUUUGUUGGAAAUAAAGAAUUGCCCUCAGUUGAUUUGCAUGCCACUGUUUCCAUCUCUAGACGAAAGGCUAUAUUAUGUGAAUGCUGGAAUAGAGCCACUGCACCAGACGAUGAAGAUGAGGUCGGCUCAAUAUGGAGAAGUGGAGUUCCCAAGUUCAACUUCUUCCCUCGUAAAGCUUAAAGAAUUAUGGAUUUCUGAUUUGCCCGACUUGGAGUACAUAGAUAAGGAGAAUAUCUGCGAAAAAGGAUCAGUAUUCUUCCCAUUCCUAAAGAAACUCUGGAUCGAUAAUUGUCCUAACCUAAAGGGAUGGUGGAAGAAGAGAUUUGAUGAUCCAACAUCAAAAAUAUCAGAGCUGCCCCAGUUUCCUUGUCUUUCUUUGUUGGAAAUAAAGCAUUGUCCUAAGCUCUCUUGGAUGCCAUUGUUUCCAUCCCUUGAUGAGAGGUUGUAUUAUGUAAAUGCUGGCAUACAGCCACUGCUGCAAACGAUGAAGAUCAAGACAAUGCCAAGUGAGCUUGAAGGUGUGCAGUUAUCAAACAGGGUUUCUUCCUUCACAAAACUUAAAGAAUUAUGGCUUUCUGAAUUAACAGAUUUAGAGUACAUAGAUAGUGAGGGGGAUUGUUAUAGUGGAGGGCAAAGAGGAUCAACUGUUUUCCCAUCCUUGAAGAAACUUUGGAUCUAUUAUUGUCCUAACUUGAAGGGAUGGAGGAAGAAGAGGAAUGAUGACAUGACUACCACAACAGUAGCAGAUCUACCCCUGUUUCCUCGUCUUUCUCUAUUGGAAAUAAAGCAUUGUCCUAAGCUUUCUUGGAUGCCACUUUUUCCAUCUCUUGAUGAAAGGUUGUACUAUGUGAAUGCCGGCAUAGAACCAUUACAACAGACAAUGAAGAUCAAGACGGUGCAAGUCAGCUUGAAGGCAAUAAGUUGUCAAAUGGGUUUUCUCCUUUCACAAACCUUAAAGAAUUAUGGAUUUCUGAUUUAACAGAUCUAGAGUAUGUAGAUUGUGAGGGGAUUUGCUUCAAUGAAAGGGCAGGAGGAUCAACAGUUUUCCCAUCCUUAAAGAAACUCUGGAUUUAUAAUUGUCCUAACUUGAUCGGAUGGUGGAAGAAGAGGGAUAAUGGUAGAACAGUCACGGUUGUGAUGGAGCCACCCCAAUUCCCUUGUCUUUCUUUGUUAGAAAUAAAGCGUUGUCCUAAGUUGAUUGGGAUGCCACUGUUUCCAUCUCUUGAUGACAAGCUGCAUUUGGAGGAUGCCAGCACAGAGCCAUUACAAAAAACAAUGCAGAUGAAGAUGAAAUCUUGGGCAUCUUCUUCUUCACGUGUUCACCCUCUCUCCCAGUUGAAGAUAUUGUGGAUUGUGGCAAUUGACGAUCUUGAAUCUCUACCUAAUAGAUGGUUGCAAAAUCUCACUUCUCUUCAGGAACUAUAUAUUCAGGAAUGCCCAAGAUUAACUUCUCUACCUCGAGAGAUGCACCAUCUCACGUCUUUACAGAAAUUACAUAUUAGAGGGUGUCCCCUAUUGAUCGAAAGAUGUAGAAAAAAUGAUGGUGUGGAUUGGCCUAAUAUUGCAGGCAUCUCAAAUAUUGAAACUGAUUGGUGAGGAAUUCAGUGGGAACGCUAUUGUACUGCAGAGAACAGAGAGAAAAAUUAUGAAGACAAAGUGAGACCUUAUAUAUUGCAAAUCACGUGGGCACUAUUCUUCAACAAGCAAUAAACUCUUUUGACUUGCAAGGAUUGGAUGAUGAUUAACCUACAGUUCACAAUUCCCUAAAAUUUUGAAAAUUUGAAAAUCGCAAUGAUACAAAGAAUGUACUCAAGGGCAUCGUUAAAAGAGAUAAGAGCACAAUUCACAAAGGCAAAACAAGAUUUCAUGAGCUUGAAUCACUGCUGAUAUUAUUACUUUUAAAGAUAUUCAUUAAAUAGCAACAACUUCAAUGAAAAUUGAGCAUCUGGAAUCUCUUCUGAAGUAUGAAGUCGUCAUUUUGUUGGCCCUAGAACAAGGCACAGAACAUUUCACUUUCCUUAUGAUGCUAGCGACUCUAUGGGACCAAGUCUGUCAAGUUAUAAAGGUGAAUUGCAAAGGAUGCUUUCCACAAAUAAUAAGCUAGGAGAGCUAACUGGAAGGGUGCUGAUAUCCCAAGCAUCUUCAGAUCUUCCGACAAAUCUGUCAGUUUCUACAAGAUUGCCUUGCAAUUGCUGCCUUCAGUGUGUGAUUGUGGUGUUUGAUUAAGACUGCAUUUAAUGUUGAGCAAGCUUUAGGGAUCGUACCCGAUGGUGGUGGUACACUUUCUAAGUCAAUACUAGCUCGGCUCAUUCCAAAAUAAAGCUUUGUUUGAACCAAAAGGCCAAGAGAAAGUAGAAAUAAAGGCUGGCCAAAGAAGCUUACAUGCCAAUUAACGUGUUGGUUUCUUUUACAGAUGUGAAAAUAAUAUGUGAAAGUCAAAAGCAAUGUUGGUUUAAGCUAUUUCAUACCAGAAUUGUUUUGCUAUAACAAUUAUGCAACAGCUCUCAUGAAUGGUUUUGACUUUUGAGCGACAACUUAGACGAGCAUGGAUGUUAUGCAUAUUCUUGUCUCCACGAUAUACUGGAAUAGAGCUAAGCUUGAACCCUGGAAGUGAACCAUGAAAAGGGUGAAAGUGAUUUUUGGGUGUGUGACAGGAUGCAUAUGAGACAUAGGACUUUGGUUUCAAUGUCAAAAACUAUAUAUGUUGUACUAUCUAAUUCUUUCAUGGUUGGCGAAGAGCUAACUUCACUUCCUGAAAAAACAUGCAAAGGUUGGCAGUUGGUUCUGGGGUUUGUAAGAGGGUUCACAUGGGAUUUGGGAUUCAAUCUCAAAUUUUAUUCUUGUACUUUUAUGCCCUUAUAGUGAAGAAAGAAUUUAUCCUAUCCGUGGACGUAGGCAAAAUUUUGCCGAACCACGUAAAUUCUUGUGUGCUAUUCUUAUUUGAUUACUUUUCCCCUUCACUAUAGUGAAUCAUGUUGAAAUAAUCACUGUAAUUAUGCCUUAGAUUAGAAAUCACUUUGUAAUUACGAAUAUUUGUUAUAUGCCUAAGUAGUGCCUACUAUAUAGUUUGGUUUCC